UUUUGUAGCCAUUCCGGUGUGGGGAGCCCGACGCGCCUUCUAAUGUCAUGUCUCGUUGCCUUCACGUCAACUCGGAAAACAAUGUAUUUUGGAACAGCUCGACUUCUGGAAGCGGGUACUCAAGCGCGUGCUUGAAUAUAUUGUGAACAUGUCGCCUUUUACGGCUGAUUCCGCACUGAGAAUCAGUUGAUAUGGCAUCUUUCUGAUUUCCAGACAACUGAUCGCCGAUCUCGAAUCGGCCCUGAAGGCAGCGGGCCCGGCGAGCAGGUAGCGGCUGUAAAUGAGAAGCGGGGGAGAGGGGGAGAGGGGGCAGCGUCACACGGCCACGGGAGUCUGGACGAGUGGGACGGCCGUGUGAGUGUGUUUGAAGUGUACACGCGGUCUCGCGAGUCGACUUUACACGUUCGGACACCGCGGCGUUGCUCGCUGAUGACGGCCGCGAAUGGAACUGGGAAUGACUUGGAAGGGUUGUAAGGAAGCUCGGGAGCCAACGGAGCUUUGCACUGUUUUGGCAGCGUUGAGGUUGUGAGGCUGUUACUUGGGGCCGCGAUGUGGCCUCCGCCGCCCGUCAACUUCAACUCGUCUCUUCCGCGUGUGCGCGGCUUGCAAAAUGCGGCGCCGUCGGGACUCGCCAUCGCCACUGCCCGCGCCGUCUUUGUAAAGGUGCCGCCGAAGUGGUCUUGUCGCUUACUGUUAUUAAUAUGAGCGGUAGACUUCAUCAUCAUCAUCAGAAGAAGAAGAAUACGUUCAAUGAAGUUGGACAGGAGCUGGGCUUUUUUUUUUUUUUUUUUUUUUGUGGACUUCUUAUUGGACGGACUUGUCACUCGCAACCCGGAGUUUGAAUUGAAUUAAAAAAAGAAAAAAAGAAAAAAAGAGAGAAAAAGUGAUUUGGGGAUGUGAAUAUGAACUCCGAAUGGAAGGACCGCGCGUGAGCUUGGCUUGCGUUGCCUAAAGGAGCGGCAGAAAAGGUGUGGACAGUUGCAAGCAAAAGCAAAAGAUCCGCUUUGAAGGCCACCAUGCGCGGCCGGGCUGCGCCGCCGCAGCCGCAGCCGAGGCCAUGAGCGUCCCCCCGCGGCGCCCGGCCGGGCUCCGGCCGUGGCUGCUCAUGGCGGCCCUGCAGGUGGCGCUGGGCCAGCCGGGCCCGGAGCCCGAGCGGCCGGCCCUCAUCAGGGUGACGCUGCUGAAGAACGACCCGGCGGACGGCCCCAUCACCCUGGAGGGGGUGUUCGCGGGAGGGAGCGCCGGCUACGCGGAGGGCAAACUCAUGCAGUACCACCCUCUGUCACUGUGCAACACAAGUGAAGAUGAACGGCAAGAGAGUGACUUCAUCACCAUUGUCAAACUGGAGCAGAGGGUUCCCCGCUGUCUGCCGCUGCAGGAUAAGGCCCUCAUGGCACUGGAAAAGGGAGCUCAGGCAGUUAUUUUCGAUGUCAGCGAUGAUGUCAACGCGGCUGCUGAGCUGAGGGAAACGGACUCCCUUCCCCGCCCGGUCGUGCUGGUGGAUGCUGAGGAUGCGGAGGAGUUGAUGGCUCUGGUCAACAAGAACGAGGAGGCUAAUGUUCGUAUUGAGAUAUUGGUGGAGCAACCCAGAUGGCCACAUUAUGACGUGGGUAUCCUGCUCACCAUUGUCUUGGCUAUCCUGACCAUCAUCCUCAUCUUCGCUUUCCGCUAUAAGUGCAAGGCCAGUCGAACUUGGGACUCUGUACAUCAGCAGACCAUGCGAGCUAUUAAUCGAUUAGAGACCAAAACCUACAUCUCUCAGGGGUGCUCAGGCUCACAGCGCCCCCGUGGGGCCUGGGGUUCAGCGAGCAGCUCCAACUCCACCCCGGUAUGUGCUAUCUGCCUGGAGGAGUUCCAGGAUGGUCAGCAUCUAAGGAUCAUCUCCUGCGCUCAUGAGUUUCAUAAAGAUUGUGUUGAUCCCUGGCUGCUGCAGCACCGCACCUGCCCGCUAUGCAUGCACAACAUCAUGGGGGCAGAGAGGCAGGCCCAGAGGAACAGACUGCAGUCCAGUCCAGAACAACGGUUCCUCCACCCUCGGCCUUACAGCAGCCCACGAAACCACCCGUUCCCCCAGCACGACGUACCUUUUUCUAUGAGGCCACAAUAUCCUCGUGGACCUUCAGGCUCAUAUCCCUCCGUUGGCCACUACAAUAUUUCAUCUCCCAUGGACAACCAAACGCUACAUUUGCUGACCAGCAGACCCCUGGGCACCCCUUGUGGGUACCACCUUCAAGCAGAGGGUCCCAGAAGGCCCCACAGGACCGGCGGUAACUGCAGGACUUCUACUCACCACUACACCCCCCGCCGGUCCUGUCACAACUAUCGCUCAUCUUGUCCAGCUCAGCGCAGUGCCUCCAACUCCAGAGUGCACCACAUGGCCUCAGCCGCCUCGGCCACCACGCAACCCCGCGGAGCGGCGGCCCGUGGCCGACCGGACGAGGGCAGCUGCUCUGGCGGCAGCUACCGCACGGACCGCAGCGGAUAUUUGGCGGACGGGCCGGCGAGCGACUCUAGCUCGGGGCCGUGCCACGGCUCGUCCAGCGACUCGGUUCUGAACUGUACCGAUGUGUCCCUGCAGGGAGUUUACGGCAGCUGGUCCACUUUCCGCAGCUCGCUGAGUAGCGACUACGACCCAUUUGUGUUUUAUGGGCCGGGCUCUGUGGAGGCGGAAGCCCAGGCACGGCCGAGGUCUUUGGAUUCUGUGGUGAACAAAGUGGGCUGCCCUGAGGAACAACCUCAAACUGUGUUUAGCCACAUCCACUACCACCGCCACAGACACCACCACUAUGAGGACGGGGGGCACAGCCAAGUCCCGAGCAGAGGCUCAGACGAGGAGCAAGGGGCCGCUGCGGCAGAAGCCCCUCCCGCGCUGGUCUUGGAUAAAGACUCACCUGUUGGCCCCCCUAAGCCUAGUCACUGUCAGUGCCAAAAACCAGACUGUACACAUUUGCCCAGUUCUAGGACAGAGGGUCGGGAUCAGGACCCAAGCACGUCUUCGGGGCCCUCUGUCCUGGUGUCCUCUAUCCCCUUGCAUCUACAGACCCACUGCUGCCACCUGGGACACACUCCCGCAGCUCUCGGACGCGGCUGCGUGCGAACCCCCCCCGCCGUUCGCUGCCACCAGAGCUCGGACCUUCAGGAUGAUCGGAGCGUCCGCAUCCACUUCGGCCGAGGCUCAGGCUUCUGCUGCUCUCCCCCUGAACUCCACCCCGCCCUCCUCCCUGUACCGCUAAUUCUGGACUCGGGACGUAUAGACGACUGGCCCCGCUGUGCUGGAGCCCAUGUUGUGUGGCAAAAGCGGGUGCAGGAGGCCCACUCUGAGCCUCAGCUUCUGGGGACCAGGACCUCCAUCGAGACACCUCCUUGCAGGUUCCACCACGGCCUCGCUGCAGACCGCAACGCAGAGAUUUGUUUAUACUGCCAAAAAAUAUACCACAAUCAGGGUGGGUGUCGCCAUUCAUUUGACGCGUUAUAACAUGUCCGAUUGUGAGGUGCUGAACUUUCCUCGGGUUCGUUCCACUUUAUUGCAACAUUCUUCUUGUUGCCACCGCAUCACAAGUACAUAUUAUUUAAGGUUGUAUGUAAACUGCACGGUUUGACUGACACGUGUCCGAAAUUUUGGUCUCGAGCUGCAGCAUAAAUAAAGGAACUGGACUCCGAUAUCUUCAGAUUGUAAUCAGGCCUCUUCAAAAUGUGGAAACAAAUCAGAUAUCUAACCAGCGUAAAUGAAGAGCCCAGCUACACCCAGUGCAACUUGCCUUUCUGAACAUGCAAGUGUCUUCUUGUGUUCCCCGAGUAUCGACGCAGUCGCAUCCACUUUAAUUGGACAUGGCGUGUAGGUAAAUGAAGCUUUUAUUUUGUAUGUGUCUGCAGGAUCUGAAGAGGAGUCCGGUGUGUGAGAACUUGUUUCCCGAAUUCUGACGCUGCUACACAGGAGCCGCAAUGGGCGAUCCUCUGAGUUGCUCGUGCCCGCUCGGCCGCUGCCACGUGCAUUCAUUCUGCUUGAUGAGUCUCUCCCAACUUCCCUGACGAUUCACAUGAUCCCGCUUCAGAAUGCCUCAUUAAUAUCGUUUUGUUUAGAAUGAUUGAUGACAAGAUUCUCGGCUAAAUCCCUUUUUAAAAAAACAAAACAAAACAAAAACAAAAAAACACUUACAAUGCUUUGCAAUGACAAUCAAGAGUUGCUGGGGAACACAAAGGGCUUCAAGUAUGUGCUUCGCCUUGUCUGUUUGGAAGAAAAGCAAUUUUGUUCUGGCUGUUGACCCUCAUGAAGUCAGGCUCAAUGUGUGGUGCGUGCGUGCGUGCGUGCCUGCCCGCUUUCCAAAAACUCGAUUCGCUCACCGCGGUACCUUCGUUCACUUGCGUGAUCUGCAUCUUCCUCUUUGCUGAGUCGAGCCUCAGCUGAUAAAACUUCUAAGCCUACCUCAGCUCAGAUUUUGUCUUGCCUCACACACAGGGUUUUUUUUUUGGGGGGGGGUUUUUUUGGUUUUUUUUCUCGAGGUACUGCUGUAGUUAUUUUUGUCUUUGUUUUUAUCACAUCCAAGUAGCUCCCACAACCUAAAAAGAUAUCAUGUUGCUCGUCUGACAGAGGGAAAGGUUGAUUCCGGUGAAAGUUCACUGAGGUUGCUGAGCCUUCCGUGGGCCUUGUUUUCAAUACAGUACUUCAAUAAUGGCAGCUCCUUUCACCUUUCACCUUUUGUGCGUCUUUUUUUUUUUUUUUGUACAAUAUUCUCUUAUUUUGUUCCAAAUGAUGACUGAAUUGUGUUGCCACCAGGCCAAGCGACUUUCUGGUUGGCACUUCUCUUUGCUUUGGUUUCUGCUCAGCUCAUUAUUUUCAUAAUCUUCUCCAGCAACUGAAGCCCCUCAAAAUUCUUCUGCAUUAUAACCAUACAAAACACCCAUUUCCAUUUUAAUAAUCAUCAUACACGUGGAAUAAAGCCAUAAGACGCAGACUUUACCGUCUAUCUCUGACCGGUGCCACAUGCUGUUCACAUGACAUCAUCUCGAAAGGGGAGGAUCCCGAAGAACGACUCAGGGAUUGCCAAACACUGGAAACGAUUUCAAUUUCAUCACAAUCGGUUAAAAAGUUAGGGCCACGCUGAAAAAAAGUCAUACCUCGGUUUACGACCGGUUCUGUUCUGACGUAACCCAAAUACGUACGUACGUAGUCUAUCAGUAACAUAAGCCAAUGCAAUAGUAAAGUUAAAUUACAGUAAAUAUUUUAGGCCAUAAAUACAAAAACAAUGAAAUGGAAAAACAAGUACGGCGGUAGAAGAGCGUGCCUUCUUUUGCCACGAUACAACUUCUUAAGCUGCGUACAACUCGAAAGCUCCAAAUGUCAUCCAAAAAAAUCAAUCAAUCAAAUGUAUUUCGAGAAUCAAAUUGUCACCGCAAAGAUGAAGUUGAACGAGCUCAAGCAUAAAGUACAAUGAAUUCAGGAAAAAGUCGAUUUUCUUUUUUUUUUUUUUUUUUUGGGGAGCAUAGGGUUGUAAGUAUUACGACGAAAACGUAACUGUAUGAGGUUAAAGUUGAAAUAUGUCGAGAUAAAAAAUUGUAGUUAUACAUGGGACAAAAGUAUACUAUUACCUGAUGAUUAUGACUUUUUGUCGAAAAAGUAUGGCUUUUUCUCAUGACAUUAUGACUUGUUUCACAAUGCGGUAUUAUAACGUUAUUGAUGUAAUAUUGUGACUUUUUGUACUCUUAACAUUUUGGCUUUUUUUUUUUUCUUCUGUAAUAUUGCAACUGGAAUUGAUGAGCAUGACUUUUCAGUGUGGCCCCGAACGCUCCUGAGUAGACAUUCAGCCGAAUAUGUUGAAACUCUCCAACUGCCAUCAAAUUUCAUCCAUUUUUCUGCACUUCGAUUUUUGUUCAGUACAAUCGGAUCUGCGCCCGUUGACUCAGGCAAAACGUGAACCUUUUGCACACACAGCUGAACCGUUCUUGUCCCUGCUUGCCAAAAGUUACUUUACUUUGUCGGACCGCGGGCGGACUUGAGCGCCGAGAGCCGUUAGCCUUCCCGGCCAUCGCAAUGUAACUCGUAGCACUUACUCGAGCCUCGUACUGUAUGUGCCUUAUGCAUUCGCAAGCCUCGUUGCAGAUGUUCUCGAAAACAACCAGAAUACUGAAAACGGUGCCUUGAUAGAAUGUUUCCUUUAUUCCUAUCGCUUCAAUUCAAUUACUUUGUAUUGUUCAAAUGAAAGUGCUAAUCAGUUUGGAUUCCAAAAGGACAAUCCUGCACAAAUACCCAGAACAUGUCCAAACUAUUCCCCAGCGAAAGAACGGAGACGUCCUUGCCUCUUAUCGUCCGUGGCCGGUUUCUCUGCCGCGGACGUGACUGAAUUAAAAGGAGCACUUUGCGUGAAGCGCAUGUAUGCGGAAGCCAGGAAAACAAAACUACUAUAAGAAGUCAAGAAGUAUUUGAAACAAGCCCAAAAAGGCAAAGCACACAAAAAAAGAGCAUUUUGCAUAUCAGCGAUGUUUUGCAGAAUGCCAAGGGAUCCGUCAGUAGGUUUGAGAUACUUAUGUACAAAAAGAGUACAACAACAACAAAAAAUAGCGUUGUAUUUUCUACAUAACAUUUCAAUAUGGUGACAUGUCACUAAUAUAUUUAUUUACUAAUAUAUUUAUCCAUUUUUGUCCAUGUUUGAAUGGGUGGUUUCUGUAUGGGCCAAUUUUAUUUUAUUUUUUUGUUUGUUUGUUUGUUUUUUUCUUUCUUUAUGUAUGGAAACUAACCAGUGUCAUCACAAAUGUAUCAACCUGUCAUUCCAAUUAUAUGCAAAUAAAUUAUUUUGAAAUAAA